GAUGCUCACCUCCACCAAUGUUAGGGUCGUGGCAUAUUACAGCUCUCCUAAACAACACUCGCACACUUUAUUCCUGAUACCGCUCCCAAGGCUACCCGUUCGACCGUCAUUCUGUCUAAACUCAAUGGCUAAGCACAAAUGAUCGUGUCGAGUCCUAGUUCAUCGACAGCCCACAUCACCACCCAAUCCGCUUUACGAACCGUUGAUUCUGGGACCUGAGUGCAACGCCCUGAGACGGAACUAAAUCGCCAUCAUGAGUUACGGAAAGAGAGAUGAGGAUGCGGAUGGGGCCAUGGUAAAGGUUGAUCGGACUUCCGUCUUCCAGGAAGCUAGAAUCUUCAAUACCUCGCCCAUCUCUCCUCGAAAAUGUCGGAUGCACUUGAAGAAAAUUGCUAUGCUCCUGUUCACGGGCGAGACCUUCCCGAAAAAUGAAGCGACGGAGCUCUUUUUCUGGAUCACGAAACUCUUUCAAAAUAAAGAUGCGAGCUUGCGACAGAUGGUGUACUUGGUUCUCAAGGAACUGGCCCCCACGGCGGAAGAUACGAUCAUGGUCACUAGUAGUAUCAUGAAGGACACGUCCGUUCAGAGCGAUGUGCUGUAUCGAGCGAACGCCAUUCGAGCGUUAUGCAGGAUCAUUGACGCGAGCACUGUCCCCGCGAUCGAACGAAACAUCAAGACCGCCAUAGUCGACAAGGUGCCUUCGGUAGCUUCCGCAGCUCUGGUGUCCGCCUACCACCUUUUGCCCAUUGCGAGGGAUAUCGUUCGAAGAUGGCAAAGCGAGACCCAAGAAGCAGCCUCCGGAACUAAAUCAGGAGGGUUUACUCUCGGUUACGGCAGCUCAAACGUGCCAACGCUUGCGGGCAGCAAUGCAAUGACACAGUAUCAUGCUAUUGGGCUUCUCUAUCAAAUGCGCUCUCACGAUCGCAUGGCGUUGGUGAAGAUGGUCCAACAAUACAGCGCCCCAGGAGUUGUGAAGAGCCCCGCAGCCGCGGUUCUCCUUGUCCGAUUAGCGGCGAAGUUGGCUGAAGACGACCCCAGCCUCCGCAAAGAGAUGAUGCGACUCUUGGACGCAUGGCUGCGCCACAAGAGCGAAAUGGUCAACUUUGAGGCCGCCAAAGCAAUCUGUGAUGUUCGGGACAUUACAGACGCAGAAAUUUCCCAGGCUAUACACACCCUGCAGCUUUUCCUUACUGCACCGAGGGCCGUGACGAAGUUUGCCGCCAUUCGAAUCCUUCAUCGAUACGCUUCCUUGAAACCGGAAGCCGUCCGCCCCUGUAACCCCGACAUUGAAGCCCUGAUCACAAGCAGCAACCGUUCGAUCGCGACAUUCGCAAUAACGACCUUGUUGAAGACCGGAAACGAAUCCAGCGUUGACAGGCUCAUGAAGCAAAUAUCGAGUUUCAUGACCGAAAUGAGCGACGAGUUCAAAGUCACCAUCGUGGAGGCCAUCCGGACCCUGUGCAUAAAAUUCCCAAGCAAGCAAGCAGGGAUGCUGUCGUUCUUGAGUGGGAUUCUCCGCGACGAGGGCGGCUACGAGUACAAGAGAGCCAUUGUCGAGAGCAUGUUUGAUCUUAUCAAAUUUGUUCCAGACAGCAAAGAGGAUGCACUUGGGCAUCUGAGCGAGUUCAUCGAAGAUUGCGAGUAUACCAAGCUCGCUGUGAGGAUACUACACCUCUUGGGCAUGGAAGGCCCAAAAACGGCGAAUCCAACCAAGUACAUUCGGUAUAUCUAUAACCGCGUCGUACUUGAGAAUGCCAUUGUCCGAGCCGCCGCCGUGACGGCCCUCGCUAAAUUUGGAGUCGGGCAAAAAGAGCCCGAGGUCAAGAGCAGUGUCCGUGUUCUUCUUACCCGAUGCUUGGACGAUACCGAUGAUGAAGUGCGGGAUCGAGCAGCGUUGAAUUUGAGAUUGAUGGACCAGGAUGAUGAGACGGCAGAGGCUUUUAUUCGAAACGACUCCAUGUUCUCUCUUCCCGUGCUUGAGCACCAGCUCGUAAUGUAUGUCACGGCAGACAGCAAAGAGACGUUCGCUUCGCCUUUCGAUCUCUCCAAGAUCCCCGUCGUCACGAGAGAGCAAGCCGAUGCAGAAGACCGAACAAGGAAAUUGACGACUGCCACGCCGACGCUCAAGGCUCCAAGCACCGGACCCAAGCCGCACGCGGCAUCGAAGGGAGGCGCGGAAGCAGCAGCCACUGCCACGGCUGCGGCGCAGAAAUAUGCUUCCCAACUUCAGGAAAUCCCGGAAUUUGCUCCGUACGGCGGUGUCCUCAAAUCCUCGGUGCCUACCGAGCUCACCGAAUCGGAAACAGAAUACGUGGUUUCUGCGAUCAAGCACGUCUUCAAGGACCACAUUGUGCUGCAGUUCGAAGUAAAGAAUACUCUUCCAGACACGGUGCUCUGCGACGUCACGGUCGUGUCCACCCCGUCGGAGGAAGACGGGGAUGUUGCUCUCGAGGAAGAAUUCAUCAUCCCCGCCGCCUCAUUGCAGACCAACGAGCCGGGGACAAUCUACGUCUCAUUCAAACGUCUCGACGACACCACGCCGUUCUUGGCAACCAGCUUCACCAAUGUUCUCAAGUUCACCAGCAAGGAAAUCGACCCGACGACUAAAGAGGCCGAGGAGCCAGGCUACGAGGACGAAUACCAGGUGGAAGAUUUGGAACUGGCGGGCGGCGACUAUGUCGUUCCCGCCUACGCAGGCAACUUCGAUGUCAUUUGGGGGCAGGUCGAUGGCCAUGACUCCGCCGUGGAAACGCUGCAGCUCAGCAACGCCAAGUCAAUUGCCGAUGCAACUGAGCAGCUCGUCCGAAGCCUAUCGCUGCAGCCGCUCGAAGGAACCGAGGACGUGGCUUCGAACGUCUCGCAUACGCUGAAGCUGUACGGGAAGACGAUCCUAGGCGGCAAAGUUGCCGCGCUGGUGCGGCUGGCGAAUCCCAAGAGCGGCAUCGCCAUGAGGAUCGAAGUGAGGUCAGAAGAGGAGGGUGUUGCGUCGUUGGUUGUGGCAUCUGUUUCAUGAGAAAAGCAUAGGGUGCAAAGUUGCGUUCUCAACUGAGGGGUUAGGCAUCGCCUAUGUGGAGUAGUUGUUUGGGAUACGCAGUCAGGAUAUUUAUCGCCCACAAUUCACGAACGUUUAUAAUAGCACUGAUAUCUCCUUUACACUUUGGCUAGCCUUUCAUGCCGUUGAGAUUCAAGAGCAAUUGUGUCACCAUUAAAUGGAUUCAUUCCGGAUGGCCUAAGAGCGAUGGGACCGCGAUCAACUGGUUUAUAUGCCGGCCCCGAGAUACGGAGACGUUUCUGAUCUUAUUAACCAUGGAUUCUUGGAUAUGUUUGUAUUAUAAGCGCCGCC